AUGGAGGUGUGUGAACAAUAUGGAAAUAUUCCAAGAUCAAUUGUGUCACUAUAUAUCGUGCAUUGUGAGCGCUGUGUUGAAAAGCGUCGCAGGAAAGAAACGGCAGCAGGAGUUGUAGUCAGACCACUCUCCGUAAGAGAUCUCAAUGAAAGAGGACAAGUAGAUCUGGUCGACAUGCAGACUAUGAAGGAUGGAAGUUUUCACUUUAUUCUGCACUAUAUGGAGUAUCUAACGAAGUUUCAUGUGAUUCGUCCCCUGAAAUCAAAGACAGCAGCUGAGGUUGCCAAUGAACUUCUGUUCAUCUUCUUGGAUAUAGGUGCACCACACAUCCUUCAGUCUGACAAUGGACGUGAAUUUACAGCUAAAGUGAUCCAAGAACUUGCCUCACUAUGGCCUGAACUCAUCUUAGUAAAUGGGCGUCCUCGGCAUCCCCAGAGUCAGGGAUCUAAUGAAAGAGGUAAUGGGGAUAUGAAACUCAAGCUCAUGGCAUGGAUAAGGGACAAUAAUUGUGCUAAAUGGAGUUAUGGUGUCCGUUUUGUUCAGUGGGCCAUGAACAGUUCAUAUCAUGAGGCAAUCAAGAUGACUCCCUAUCAAGCGCUCACUGGCAACAAGCCAAGAUGUGGUCUUAAGUCAAAUUUACCAGAUGCAUUCAUCAGCAAAAUAUCGUCUGGUAUUAAAGAAGAAGAACUUGAAAGGCUUAUAGAAGUUCCACUUACCGGAGAUUCAGCUCGGGAUGACCUAAUAUCAGUAGACCCUGAAUGUGAGCGUGAACCACAUCCAGUUGCAGACUCUCAGUAG